CAGACCAUUUCUUUCUUUUCGACAUUCACCUGUCGCCCCUCCAAAAAGAACCCCGCGUUUUUGACGGUGCUGCUCCAACUUGAACCACUCUUGAAUGAAGAAAUCAUUGGUAUCUAGUGGCAGUGCGUUCCGGUACCGCCGAUGAGGUGAAAUGAGAGACGCUAAAACGGUACGCGCGCGAAGUUGCGACGAGUGAAGUUCAGCGGACGAAAAAAGCCACCGAAAAAAUUGAGACAAAUGGCACAGACAGUUUUAAAGAUGCACAAGCACGCUGUAAUCUUUUGGAUAUUGUUCAGUUGGAUCGUGAAGUGCCACAGUAUUUGUUCAAACGAGUACGGACCUCAUCCUGUCUGUAGGUACGUCCCUGCUCCUCCUGGUAAAACGCCCCCUUGUGCCAGACCGGGUCUAACAUACUGCGAACAUCCCGAUCACUAUCCCAGGUAUCUGAUAUACCAUUUGAUACAGAAAUGGCAGUUCAAUCACAAGAACUUGAUCAUAGACGAGGCCAAAGACGAAUUCUCCGCAUUCUAUUAUCCGCCCCCGAGCACAGUGUACGGCCCACCGACGUUGCCAGACCUCGGAGCUGACGGCGGCUACCAUUACCCCGAACCGGUCUAUAUACCGAAGCCCACGCAAGUGUUUCCUGAACAAGGUGGAUAUUAUAUUCCCCCAAAUGUUUAUCAACAACAAGCACCACAACAGAACUAUACGAACGGAUUGAACGGCUACGAACCCAAAUACAACAAGGAUGGAACUUUCCUGACUUACAAGUACUCCAGCUUUCCCCAACCAGACAAAGCUACUUCCUAUAAUACGGGUUACCCAUCGCCGGGAUUUUUAACACCAGGAUUGUAUGGUCAUGUCAACGGAAUAUGGAAAAGGAGCGAACGACAGAAACGAUCACUGCGAAAAAGAAGAUACUUAACGGCAUCGUUAAAGUACCAAGAAAACGAGUACCGAACUCAAAACAGUACCAGUUUGAUUCGAAGAAAAAGGCAAUCGACGAUCACCGGCCAACCGCUGUGCCGAAGUCGUUCCAGUUUCAUCAUGCCGCGGGCAGCUUUAAACAGCAAAGGCAACUGGAUGUACGUUGUCAAUAUGCCAGAAUCGAAUCAGCAAUACACCCAGUUGGUCAAAAGCGAAGUUUGCAGUGAUACCAACUGCGGCGGACUAUGUCAGCUACCUCAGGGUUACUCUUCCAGAUGCGAGCAAAAGUACGUCCAAAAAAGGUUAAUUGCACUGGAAGGAUCCGGAAACGAUUUAUACAGUGACACCUUCUGGUUUCCCAGCUGCUGCAUAUGCACGAUCUCCAACACUUAAGACGCUCCCCAUACCAUCGAUUUGGUCCAGUAUUAAGUUAAAUCGCGCUUGAAGAUGCCAAAAAAUAACCAACGCAUCCAAAAGGAUUUCAACGACGGGAGUUUUCGACUAUUUCUAUCACUGCCUCGUAUGAUUGUAUAUUUUUAUAGGUUAAUAUGUACUAAAGUAUAUUAGUAAUACGAUUCUCAACUAGACGUUUAUCACAUAAACUCUACAAACUAGUCAUAAUUAUUAUUAGUGCCUAUAGAUUCAAUUUUUACUCACUUAGUAGCGUUUUUUGUACACACUGUAUAUAUAAAAAAUUUGUCAAAUAGAUAAACAAUAGCGUACUAGGUGUUCUAAACUUCUAAGGUGACUGUUUUAAAAUAGAAUCGUAAUUUAUUUGUAGAAUUUACCUUAACUUACCAAAGAACGAAUUAAAAUGUGAACUGAAGAAAUAUCAGAAUAACUUGAUGUUUUAAUCAUUCUGCUUCAUCUCUAUACCCUUAGAAGUUAAUUGCAUGUUUGUUUACAGUUUCAAUGUAGUAUGUAUUCCAAUGAUAGCCUUUUUAAUUUUCUUUUGGUUAUAAUUCGAAUUUUGCAAGAAAAAAAAAUUAAAAAUGUUUAUACAUAUAAGCUUUAACAUGACAUGUUAAAAAGGUUGUUAUUUUGAUGUGAUUUAUAAGUAAGUUAUUAUUGUGAUUCAACCUUAAACAAUAUUUUAUACCGCAAUGUUGAGAAUCUAUAUAACAUAGAAUUUUGGAUGUACAUGUGGCCAUAUACAUUUCAUAUACGAUA